AUGUGCGAUGGUACCACCGGUGUAAACAUAACAUCUUCAGAGAAUGUUGUAUUCUUUUUCUUUUUCACUGUGGUGGCAGCAGCUUGUGUUUUUAGUUUCGAAACUGGUGUCGAUGGUGGAGAUAGACCACUCAUUCUCUCUCUUUCUUUAUUUCCUGAUUGA